ACUUAAGCGCCAUCUUCACGGAGUACGUGGAACUCGCAAGACGAUGCGCUCUCCGAGCGAUUCAAAUCCCGCCGAGACGCAAGGAGAACAACGACAGUUCGCGGAAACCGUUAUUACGAGGCGUCGUUGACGCUUCGUUGUGGCUCGCCUCUUCUGCGCGGACGAACUGGGAUCGCCGGGAAAUGGCGGAGGACGAGGAAGCAGACUGCUCCAACAACGCGCGGCUGUUCCAAAUCGCCGUCUCCAACAUCCUCAAGAACAUAGCCGAGUCUGUGAGUGAGAACGAGUUCCUCGAGAUACUUACGAUUCUCAAGUCAAAUCCCAAGACUGCCCAAAAGCUACACAAAGCCAUGAUAAAGGAACUGUACGACAGCAUGAAUAAUGGUCUGAAGGAUAUAAUGAAAGAAGGCAGUUUGCAGGAAACCUUAUCUAAAAUAGCCAAACUAUCCGAGGAAAACACAAUACCCACCAAUAAACACGCGUGGCGUCCACCGGGGGAUGUAAUCUCGCAUUUGAGAUCGCUGGACGCGCACAAGAUCAAAGAGGCGACCGAGGAAUUGGAGAAAUGGGUGAAUGAGAUGGAAAAGAAGAACGAAACCCUAAUGAGGACAAUCGCGGAAAGUAGAACAAGGAUACGUGCCAUGAACGACAAUGUGAUAAGAAUUCUGGAUCAUGCGCCAGUCACACUGCAACGAUUAGACAAGACGUGUGAACAACUAACAACUUGCCUUAAAAUGAUUGAAAAUGAAUGAGAUGUAUCUUGGAGGCGUGCUGUAUAUAAUGUAUAUAACGUAUUUCUAUUGUCAAAAUAUUUUUCUAAUUAAAUUAGAAACUUGCACAAUA